AUCUUCGCAUCCAUCAUCAGUCUUCCAGCAUCUCCUCAGAGUACAAGGAAAACCUGCCUAAAAUCAAAAUGGCGAAGUUCUACGUUCUUGCUACUUUUGUGCUCUUGGCUGCUGCCGCUGUCGUUGCCAUCCACGUUGAGGAGGAGUACGAGCCACUAGAAUUCUCCGGAGCAGUAGAAGAACGUGCUGUUAGGCAGAGAAGAGUGACCUGCGAUCUUCUUUCGUUCAAAGGAAUUGCCGAGCACAGUGCUUGCGCUGCCAAUUGUCUCUCCAUGGGCAAAGCUGGUGGACGCUGCGAAAAUGGAAUCUGUCUCUGUCGCACGACCACCUUCAAAGACUUGUGGGAUAAGCGUUUCGGUUAAUUCGAACUUCUCCUGUGACCACCGAGACUCGAUGGAAGUUCCUUGCGCAACAUGACAAAGAAUGAUAACGUUCUGCGAAAAGACAGCGAUAUACACUGCCCCGUUGUUACUCCUCAAUGAAUGCUUGUGCAUAUAAAAUUCCAUUGAAGUUUCGUUCGAUAACACAACCAUGUAAUUAAAUACAGAUAUACAUAUACUUCUAAUAAAGAAAGCUUUAACUUCAGAAAA